CGCUGAGAUUGUUUUUUUCAAGGUCAAAAUGAGGUUCUUUGCCACAAAAGCUCCAAAUGAAGAAGUUUCACUGACCAAUAGGGUGUUUUUCAACCCAAAAGAUUUCAAUGAAAAACUUAGUUGCGUGGCCAUACACACGUCGGCUGGUAAAUAUAUUUUUCGUGCUGGUUCACAUGAUCAUGUGCCUCAAGGAAAAGUUGCGUUUGGUUUGGCUCAGCGUCAAUGGGGCAAUAUUUCAGUAGAUGAACCAUUAGAUAUUCAACCAUAUACAUUUAAUUUGGCACGUGAAUGUUUGGCUUCUGCAAUUUUGACGGUGGAUUUCAAUAAUAAAAAAAUAUCAAUCAAUGAACCAUUGGAUUCAGAUCGAAUGGCUGUAGAAUUCAGUAUGCAAUUUACAGAUACACCAUUAACUGUUGGUCAACUUAUUCAUUAUCGUUUUAAUAAGUUAACAUUGCUUGUUAAAGUGAAAGAAUUAUCAACUUUGUCAAUGGAUGGUGGAGAUGGCGGUAAUAGUACAAUUGGCAUGUUAACUGGGAAUUCAGUGAUUCGUUGGAUUACUCAACCAGAUUCUAAAUUAUUAUUAAUUGGUAAAGCUGUUUUAGAUGGUGAUGGAACAGGUUCUAUGUCAGGCGGUAGUGGUGGCUAUCAUAGUAUAAUUAAUCCAAAUUGGGAUUUUAAUCAAAUGGGUAUUGGUGGAUUGGAUAAAGAAUUUUCAGCUAUAUUUCGACGAACAUUUGCAUCACGAAUGUUUCCACCAGCAGUUGCAAAACAGUUAGGUUUAAAACAUGUUCGUGGCAUAUUGCUGUAUGGUCCACCUGGUACCGGGAAAACAUUAAUGGCACGACAAAUUGGUAAAAUGCUUAAUGCACGUGAACCAAAAAUUGUCAAUGGUCCUAGUAUAUUAGAUAAAUAUGUUGGUGAAUCCGAAGCGAAUAUUCGUAAAUUAUUCGCUGAAGCUGAAGAAGAAGAGAAACGUAUGGGUGCAAAAUCUGCAUUACAUAUUAUUAUUUUCGAUGAAAUUGAUGCGAUUUGUAAAUCACGUGGAUCUACAGGUGGAGGUGCUGGUGUACAUGAUACUGUAGUCAAUCAACUAUUAACUAAUAUGGAUGGAGUGAAUCAAUUGAAUAAUAUUCUUGUCAUUGGUAUGACUAAUCGACGUGAUAUGAUAGAUGAAGCACUAUUAAGACCUGGACGUUUUGAGAUGCAAAUGGAAAUCUCUUUACCAGAUGAAGAUGGUCGAUUGCAAAUUUUAAAUAUACAUACAUCUAAAAUGCAACAAGCCGGUAAAUUAGCACAUGAUGUAGAUUUGAAAGAAUUAGCGGCUAAAACUAAAAAUUUCAGUGGUGCUGAAAUUGAGGGCUUAUGUCGUGCUGCAGCAUUCACUUCAAUGUAUCAAUUGAUAAGUCAACAAACAGACGUGAUGAAUGAAAGUCUAACUGAAUUGAAAACUAUCACUCCACUAUGGAAUGAAGAACGACCUAAAUUUCUAUUAAUCCUGCUAAUAUUUGGAAUUCUAUCAAAUGUUAUCCUAUUAUUGAUUGUAUUUCUAACAAAAAAUCUCAUUCGAAUCCGUGUAGGUGACAAUUCAUCACAAAAAUAUGACACUGAAAUAAUAAGAACCAAUGAUGAUAAAUCUCUUCCGAAAAAACAUUUACUUCAAUCUAUUUUCUUAUCAAAAUGUUGUACCAUUUCAAAUGAUGCUAAGCAGUACAUUGUUCAAUCCAACUCGACACAUUCCUGUUGUGAGUUUGAAAUGAAUUGGGGUUGUUGUUAUUACAUAACUCAAUGUCAUAGUCCUUGUUUCCCAACUGCAACAGAAAUCAAUCCAACAUUAAAAACUAUUGAGUUAGACAAUAAUUUAUCACUCCAUCAAAAUAAUACUGAUGAUGAUUAUGUUAUAGAAGAGAUCCCAGUAAACCGCAACACUACAUCAAAUCUUUCAAAAAUCAAUUUAGAUUUAUCUGAAAUUAAAUAUGAACGUAAACUACUAUUAAUGAUACCAGAUACAAGUGAACAAUCAUCAAAUUAUGCAGAGAAAUUGCCACAACCCAUUACUAGAACACAUUAUUAUCAUCCUAAUUCUCUAUCACAAUUUCCUAAAGAACAAAUACAAAAUUCUCUCAAUAUUGAACAAACCACAUGGUAUAUUCUAUGUUUUCUUAUAGAAAUUUUAGCAUUUGCUCAAAUUGGUUAUUUAAUUUUUGAAGAUUUCUUACCAUGGAUUUCAAAUCUACUCAUUAUUCAUUUUGGUUUCAGUAUGAAAUUUAAACUAAACAUUAAUUGUCGUCUGAAACGUAUGUUUGGUACAUUCUUCCUGUUAUUUGAAGAAUGGAGUUUGUUUAUAUUUGGUGUUGAACGAAUUUGUAGUGUUUUACUGCAUAAUCAUCAUCAUCAUCAUCAUCAUGGAUUAUUAAAUCGUAGUUCCCAGCCGCCAACAACACUGUUAAAUGAAUCGACACGAUGGAAACCGCAUACAUUAUGUAUAAAAAUUAGUACAUGCCUAUUUAUUGCGAUAAUAUUCGCCGCAUUAUGUAAUUAUCUAUGGGUUUUUGGACAAUUUCAUUGGAUUAAUUCAGUGGAUUCACAAAUCGGUGAAACAUACAAUAUCAGUUUUAUUGAAACAUUCACAUGUAAUGUUCGAUCGGAAUAUUUCAAAUUUUAUUAUACAUUUCUCAUUUAUUUCGAUCCCACAUUCUCAUUCCUGUUGCCACAUUUAUGUGCGUUUGUAUUUUUUGUCAUAAUUCUAUCAAAAAUUUGUCUAAAAUCAAUUUCGAAACGAUUUAAAACCCCCAGGAAAAUAACUCAGGAUGAUACUUUACUUCACAUUAUUCCAUCAAUGUAUCAAUUUCACAGAUUGAAUAACAUGAUUGAUCAUUUAACCACUCUCAUUUAUCUUGUUGACAGUUUCAUCAUUGUCACAUUGAAAUUUUGGCGCAAUAUUGAAAAAUCCAUGAUGGUAUUUGUUCAUGUCACAUUAGAUAUGAAUUAUUUGAUGAUUAGAAAUGAAUUGUAUCAUUUGGUGUUUUGUUUAGUACCAAUUUUGACAAUCAUUAUUUAUUUGAUAUUUUAUGUUAAACUUAGAAAAUAUUGUAAUUUGUGA